GGUUGAUAAGAUGGUGGAGCUUGAGGUUUGUGAUUAACAAAUUUCUUUGUUACCUUAAAACUAACACUUCAGUCGACAUAUUUGGAAGAAUUUCAAAAUGGGUUCUGCAGACUCUGAUUCAGAAAAUUGUACUGAGAUGCUGAAAGACAAGAGAAAGGAUGUGAAUGAAGAUAUUUCUAAGAAGAAGAAGAAAAAGAAGCAUAAACAUCAUCAUCAUCAUCACCAUCAUCAUAAACAUAAAAAGCACUCUACAACAGACAAACAUGAAAGGAAAGAGCACAAGAAAAGAAAACACAGAAAAGGGAAUGAAAAUGGAGAUGUUUCCCGUGCGAAUGACGGCAAGAAACUUGACAAACCAAAAGAAAAUAUAUCAGUAAAAAUUUCGGCUGGAAGCUCAAAAAGGCAAGUAACGGAGGAAGUUAAAGUAAAAAGCAAUGAGAAGCACGUAAGCAACUCUAGGGAUACCCACAGUUCCGUUGUUUUAAAUGGAAGUGGGGCGGUCGUAGGAAGCGAGAAUCAUAAAGAGGUCCAGAAGUCGCUUACGAAAAUUGAACCUGAACAGAAGAACCACGAACCAGCGGAAGCUACAAAGUUCCCUGUUGAAGAAUCCUCUGAAUCCGAAGUUGAUGUUAAAGCCAAGGAAAGUGAUUCAGAUGUUGAUGUAGCUGUCAUUGAAGAUGACAUCGAUCUUGAAGAUCUCAUGCGUCAGAAGGCACUUCUCCAAGCAAGACUAGGUGCUUAUAUGUCAGAAGAGGAUGAUGAAGACGAUGACAGCGCUAGUGGUAAAGUUAACAAAGCAGACACCAAGCCUGUUCCUGAAAUCAUUAAUUUGGUAGAUGAUGAUUCAGAAAUGGGUCAAGAAGCUCCUAGGAGAAAGCACGAAAAGAGGAAAAGAAAAUAUAGUCGGAGUAGAAGUAGAGAUCGAGGGGAUGCGAGGGUUGAAGCAGAAACUAAUGAUGAAGGAAGAAAAGGAACUAAAGAAGAGCGAGACAAGGAUAGAGAUCGAGACAGGAAGCGGGGCCCGUCAGAAGUGUCACGAGAUGCAAAGAAACCAAGGGAAUCUGAACGAGAUCGAGACCAUGUUCACCAUAACCGAGAAGAGAGAUUUGGACAUCGAUUACAAAAUGAUCGAAGUAGUCGCCGAGAAUUGCCUAGUGAGUCCAAGAGAAGGGACGAUGCCCAGAGGAAGCAUGGUGAAACUCGGGAUUCUCAGAGAAGAAGAUCUAGCCACAGCAGGACCCCUAUUGGAACUUAUGCUUCACGUCCAUAUAGCAGAAGUCGAGAUGUGAACAGCCAGCGGCGAGAAAGCAGGUCUAAGGAUGCUGAACGGGAGAGAGAGAAGGAAAGGGAACGAGAAAGAGAGAGAAUCAGAAGGUGGCCAUCUGGAAGAUCACGUUCACCUCGAAGUAGAGACAAGGAGAGAGACAGAGAUCGUGACAGAGAUACAGAUCGUGAUAGACAGCAGCGCUCUCGUCAUGGCAGGUCUCAGAAUAAGGGAAGGGCUGGAGAGAAGAGUGAUAUAUUUAAGGACAGUCUGUCUGAAGGUUUGAAAGCUAAGUCUUCGUCCGAGUCCGAAGAAGAAAUUGGAGACAUUAACAUUGAGGAAGAUGAGGAUGAAGAACAAAUUAUUCAGAAGAGACGAAAACAACGAGAAGAACUCCUUAGGAGAUUGGGAGCUAUAAGUGAGGACUCCAACAUGUCUGCCGUGAAUCUGUCAGAACGAAGUAGCCCUUCAGAACGGCCUACUGUGGUAUCGGAAGAUAACAGUGUAAAUGAUCAUUCAUUAGAAUCAAAUGAAACCAGUCAGCCUAAAGAAAUGGAAAAGGAAAGUGCAGAAAAAAGGAAAUCGAGGUUCAGUUCUCAUGAUGCAGCAGAAGAAGGGAAAGAGAAGCCAAAUAAACAAGAGAAGCGUGAACGCAAGGAUGGAAAGAAGAAUGAGUGGGAUAUGUUCGCAGAAGCAGACACUAUGGAGCAGUACAAUAGCCCAAGCACAGUGGACAAACUUCAUGGUGGUCCCGAAAACCCCAGUCUCACAGACAACUGGGACGACGCUGAGGGCUAUUACCGCGUUCGUAUCGGAGAAGUGAUGGAUGGACGUUAUGUGGUAUAUGGUUACACUGGUCAGGGAGUGUUUUCCAAUGUGAUCAGAGCCAGAGAUGGGGCAAGAGGUAACCAGGACGUGGCAGUUAAGAUCAUACGGAACAAUGAAAUCAUGCACAAAACAGGGUUGAAAGAGUUAGAGGUGUUGCGACGUCUCAAUGAUGCUGAUCCGGAUGAUAGAUUUCAUUGCCUCAGGCUGUUUAGACAUUUCUUUCAUAAGAACCACUUGUGUAUGGUAUUUGAGCCCCUGAGUAUGAAUUUACGUGAGGUUUUGAAGAAAUAUGGGAAAGAUGUUGGACUGCAUGUGAAAGCAGUGAGGUCAUACAGUCAGCAGCUGUUUCUGGCUUUGAAAUUAUUAAAGAAGGCUAAUAUUCUUCAUGCUGACAUCAAGCCCGAUAACAUUUUGGUCAGUGAGAGUAAACUUGUUCUCAAACUUUGUGAUUUUGGUUCUGCAUCACAUGUGGCUGAAAAUGAGAUCACCCCAUAUUUAGUGAGUCGUUUCUACAGAGCCCCAGAAAUAAUUUUAGGCAUUCCAUAUGAUUUUGGUAUUGACAUGUGGUCAGCGGGUUGCACCAUUUAUGAAUUGUAUACUGGGAAAAUAAUGUUUUCUGGAAAAACCAAUAAUCAGAUGUUGAAAUUUUUCAUGGACUUAAAAGGGAAGAUGCCAAACAAAAUUAUAAGGAAAGGAUCUUUCAAGGAACAACAUUUUGACAGCAACUGCAAUUUCUUAUAUCAUGAAGUCGAUAAAGUAACUGAAAGAGAGAAAGUAGUAGUAAUGUCAACGUUGAACCCAUCCCGAGAUCUGCUGUCCGAGCUGAUCGGUAACCAGAACCUUCCAGAAGAUCAAGCCAGGAAAGUUAAUCAGCUCAAGGACCUCCUGGAGAGAAUCCUGAUGUUGGACUCGUCAAAACGCAUUGCAAUCAACCAGGCCCUGACACAUCCAUUUAUCCAGGAGAAGAUAUGAUGAGCCGCUGACUUUUGAGAACAAGGGGUUAAAGUUAUUGAGAGAGAGUACAGACGGAGCAGCUAUGCCCAUGUCUUCUCAUGGCUGAGUGUGCUGUUACGUCAGCCCAGAUGUUGCAAUUGCUGUUUAAAGGUAUUGCUGAUACAGACUGGAAGGGUACUGCAUAGCUUUUGAAUUUGUCCCUUAGCUCUAUGAAAAGUAAUUAUGUCUGUGAUUUCUGUGGUUAUGUAUCACAAGGUGGAAAAGACAGCAAUGCUUUAUAAUGUUUUGUAUUCUUCGAGAAUCCUGCAUGUAAUCUUGCAAUAUAUAAUUUAUAUUUCCAGGCUGUACAGGUCAUCUGGCAGAUUUCUAAUGUGUUUAGUAAAGAUAAGGCAUGUGUCGAUGGUACUGUGGAGAACUGGUAUAUUUGUAAAGAUAGACAUGAAUAACAAAAAAAUUUGAAGUUAAUAUCACAUUAUGAACUUUUGGGAUGUUUGAGAAAAGUACUGGAAGACACUACAGUGAUUUUGAAUAAUUAAAGUAACAGGUGUAUCCUAGUUCAUUUGUGUCUUUCUGUGAAAACUAUUCAUUAGAAAUUUUGAGAACUGUUCACUCUCUUAUUUCAAGCAUUAUAUAUUUGCCCCAGGCAAGCAAAAUACAUUUCUGUCAAAGGAAGUAAAUAUUGCACAUUUAAAAGUGAAAACUGAAUUGCCCAUCUUAUGUGGAGAAUGGUUUUGUUUACACAUUAUUUUACUUCGUUUUCUCCUGGUUUCCAUACCUGCUUAUGUCUGCAGCAGCUAAUUUAACUGAAAGCCCAGAGGUUUAUAUUAUGGAAUUUUACAUUCUCUUAAUUGUAUGUCUGUGCUUUUUUUUUUCUGCGAGACCACCAAUACAAAGGAAAUAUUCCUGUCUUUUUGCUCAUGACAUGCCAAAAUAUUUCCAUUUAAAAACAGACACUUUGCCGUUGUUGUAGUGCACUUGCGUUUUAGAUAAAAUUGUAGUCAUAUACUUAAGACUGGGUGAACAUUAGGAUUUGUAGUGUUCAUGCUUGUGUGCAAGGGUACGGCCUAAUUUGCACUUUCUUUUCUAGCAAAACGGGCUCUUCCUAAUGGAGAUGCUUUGAAAAUCAAUUUGGACUAUUUGGCAACAGUGGAAUAGCAUUUUCAAGGUAUACUUCUGUCAGCAUCUUUUAUUUUCAUUUUCAAUUUAUUUUCUUUCCCCUCUUAUUUUAUUGGCAUUUUUUUUACAUAAGUCAGGUAAGUGUGAAGGAAACAGGUAAGGUUGGUGACUUACUGUUUCAUAUUCAUGCCAGGGUCAUAAAUGACCACAGAUUUUUUUAUGUGAGUUUUCAGGUUAUUACAGCAGUAAGUGUUCAUAUUUGGUCUUCUGGGUUAUGACCAGUCUGUAUCUCCUUUUUCUCUCCCUUUGCUCUGAGUAACCCCUCUCCACUUUCCCCUUUUUUGCCACUUGUCUGUAUAGCAUAAAGAUAUCGUAAGAACAUUCAGUUAAGAUGGAGACAGCCAUGUUCUUCAAGUACUUUAUGGUGUUAAACCCAGAACACCAAAAUGUGGAGCAUUGAUUUUGAUUGACAAUGAGAAGUCUUAAGGUGUUCAUUAGUAUCAUGUUUGCAAUAAUUAUUCUAAUGAAUCUAGUGUGUGCCCUGUACGCAUGAUGUGUGCUGUGAUGGGAAGUAGAAAAUAUUUCUGUAGUGCUAUUUUCUUCCAGCUGUACUCUAGAAAGCUGCUCCAUAGCAAGUGUUCCAGGCUUGUGUAGCAGCAUUUCAUGUUUCUAGUGGACAUGUUUGAGAAUCAGCAUAUGGUCUUCUGAGAUGUGAUGCCAUGGAGACAGGUACCAGGGUUCUUCCAAAACGUUAGUACCUGUCUAACUACUUAAUGUUACAUCUAAGAAGACCAUAAUCUUGAUACUUCCCCCUGUGAGAACUUCAGACCUUAGGUGUGAGAAUAGUGGUACCAUAUAUUGGAACUGACUUCAGCACUUGGUUCAUUCUCCACUGAUAAAUGAAGGUAGAUAUCCUGAUAGUGAACCUGCCCUAUUUCCUCCAGAGAACAGUUUUAUAUGAUAUCUGAUUGACAUGACAAUUCUUCUUCUAUGGCACAACAGCCCGAUGUCGGGCCUUGACCUCCCUUACCAAGCCCCUCCAUUCCUCUCUGCCUUGCGCUGCUCUCUUCCUUUUCCUUACACCCAUUCACUUCUUCGCAUCUUCCGCUGCACCAGUCCAUCUAGUUCUUGGUUUCACAGCACGUCUCCUGCUGCCUGUUGUACUAUAUAAUGUUUUCUUUGGGAUACACUCCUCAUCCAUUCUCUGUACAUGCCCAGCCCAUUGCAAUCUUUUAAGCUUUAUCGUCACUGAGAUCUCUGGCUCCUUAUA